AUGAACAACGUCAACGAUGCGACUUCUGAUGCUCGAAUCCUAAUGAUGGACAACGUCAAUGGUGGGACUUCUGUUGCGAGUCGAACCAGUGAAAUCCCGAGCAUGUCGUCUGAUGAUAUAAAAGAGCUUCCAUGUUUUGAUUAUGAGGUGGGGGAGAAAGAGAAUACACCAGUAGAAUGUGUUGUGUGUUUGGAGAAUUUCAUGGGAGGUGAAAAGUGCAGGAUGCUGCCUAUUUGCCAUCAUACUUUUCAUGUUCAAUGCAUAGAUGCAUGGCUUCUAAAGACUGCUGCUUGUCCAAUCUGCAGAACAAGGGCUAGUGAACUACAAACUGGUGAUUCAAGUGAAGUUGGAGUUGAAUUGACAUGA